AAAUGAUAAAGAUACAUGAUAAUGUAGAUCUUAAUGAGCGUAGAAGAUAUUACUCGUUGAGAUUAUGCUCAGAAAAAUUUCUCAGUUGACUCCCGUCGUGCGACCGUCUCAAAUAUGGCUGAUACGUCAGCCAGUGUGCAGUUCGUGCGGUGUGGUCGCCCGUUACGGUGGUCUGCGUAACGAUCUAUCUCGCAUUAUUACGUAUCAACCUAAAUGUUUCGCGUUCCGCCAGCAGAUAACGACAAGAAGAGGGUUCACUCAGCACAGUAAGACUGUUGUCAUCACAUGCUGCGGGACAGACGACCAAAAAAUGGCACCAACGCGUGUUAUUCUUAUGUCCUGUGGCAGUUAUAACCCUCCGACGAACAUGCAUUUAAGAAUGUUUGAAAUUGCCAGGGACCAUCUUCACAGGAUGGGAACGCAUAUUGUAGUUGGUGGGAUAAUGUCUCCUGUACACGAUGCUUAUGCUAAGAAAGAACUGGCUAGUGCGACACACAGGUGUGCUAUGUUAAGGCUGGCCUUGCAAAACAGUGAUUGGAUUCAACUAAGCGCUUGGGAAACCAGACAGAAUGGUUGGACAAAGACCAGGAUAUGUUUGCAGCAUCACCAGAACUUAUUGAACUCAUUGCUCUUUGAUUCGAAUAAUGUUAAACUCAACGUACCACCGGAAGAUCUUGAAUGGAUUCCAGAAAAUGUGAAAAACAGUACAGAUCGUACACCGAUACAAAUUAAACUGUUAUGUGGUGCUGAUUUACUAGAGAGUUUCGGAGUUUACAAUCUCUGGGCUGAAGAAGAUAUUGAUUCCAUUGUUGGAGAACAUGGUCUCGUGGUUAUUACAAGAGAAGGUUCUAAUCCGAAUAAGUUUAUAUAUGAUUCAGAUAUUUUAUCGAAACACAUGCACAAUAUAUACAUAGUGACCGAGUGGAUACCGAACGAAGUCAGCUCAACUAGGAUAAGGAGGGCAUUAAAACGAGGUGAGAGUGUCAGGUAUCUUUUACCAGAUGCUGUGAUCGAUUAUGUCUAUAAACACGGGAUUUAUGACGCGAAAUCAACAGCAUCAUCAAUUAAGUUGGAACUGACCUCGCCGAACGCGAACAAUUACUUGACCAUUGAUCCUAAGUAUCAAAACACGUUUCUCACGCCGUCGCCUACCGACGUUACCAUGGAAUCCCCGAGUCCGAUCGAAAUAAUAUCCAUCGACGUUCCUGACGCCGUUCUGCGUAAGAAUAUCCAGAACGCGACGAACGUCGCCUGCGUCUCCUCCCGUCACGCCGGCGUCGCCGGCGGUCUCGAGGAGGCGCGCGAGAAAUUCAUUAGCGCGCUAGUCACCGAGAACGGUAACGCCAAACACGUAACGACCGCGAAGGCCGCGUAUCCAGGUCUCGCGAAACAGAUCAUCGCCACCGAAACCGGCGAGUCGCAGAUCCUCGACGAGGUAGGUUUCGCUGACGAUGAUAAGAGAGUCAGGAAGAUGGUCAGGGUAGAGCCCCGGUCGAGUCAGCUGGAGGAGGUGUCCCCAACCGUCGCCACCUCGUCGAAACGCGAGAAUCUCGUUAAACCUAGCGUGAGACCGGUAGUCAAAGUUAAAGGCAGCGUAGCUGCGUCGGACGAUACAGAUAUAGUUCGCGUCGAGCAUGACAUCGCCGAAGUAGGAUUAAGGAGUAGCAAAGAUCGCGACAGAUCGAUCUCGUCCUCGGCUGUUUCGUCCUCGACGAUAUCGGCUAUGGAUCACGGUGGACGCCACGAAUGCGCCUUAUCCGACUUUAAGGUGGACAAGGAGGACUACAGACUCACUGGGUACGGCUUGGACGGCACAGCCGAGGACGAGGUUCAGGACAAACAGAAACAUUCGCGAUUAGACAAACAGCAAUCGACAGAUUCUAUUGAGAGUUUGGUAGAGGCUCCGCCCCUCGCAGACGAGCUCGCCGAUCGAAGGGGAAGCGACGAUCAGGACGGCUUCCUCAACGACGGUGUUCUAUGCUCGAACACGCAGGUCUUAGUGUUAGUCAGUGCGAUGAUUCACAAUUCUUUCGAUAAGGACGGCGCAACAUUGAUCGUCGACGAGAAUGGGAUACAGGGUAAAGGGGAGAUCACGAUAUACAAGGGCGAGUCGGACGGUAGUAUCGAUAAACUGAGCCUGUUGGUGCAAUCACCUGUUCCGUCGUCGGUGAGCGACGAGAGCACCGUGAAGAUACAAGAAAUAAUCGACGACGGAUCGAAAGAUUUUUCCGAUGAUUCUUUGACCAUCGACGAAAAAUCUUCAAAGAGGGACACGAGCCUGGAAAUCGAUGGUAAGUACGUGAAGUCCGUCGUGAAUUCGCGCAAGAGCCCCAGGAAGACGAAGAACGAACCUAUUCGCGUGUACGAAGACGAAAGCGAUGAGAGACGAGUGAAGAAGGUCGAGAAAUUGGAAAAGAGGUGCACCGAUUCAGGCACUCAGUCGGAUGAAACGUUUUACAAGACUGUAUCGAAAUCUUCGAGAGCGAGGAGUCCCAGGAAAGAGAAGUCUCGAUCGGGCGGACAGAAAACGGUCAGCAGUUCGAAAAUUUACGAGUCGUCGAUCGUCGGCGACGAGAGAAUGAAGAAAGCGAAGCGGCACGACGAACCACUGAAGGGCAGUUUGGAUUCGGUGAUCACGACGAACGAUUCGAGGACGGCUUCUAGAAGACGAGCCAAGGGCGAGGAGAUGUUCUCGAAGAAAUCGAAGAGUUACGAGUCGUUCAAGAAGAUGCAGGAGGUCUGCUACGAAGAUCCUUCGAAAGCUGACAGCACCUCUCAGUUAAUUACGACUAACGAGCUGGACAUGCAAACCGAUGAAUUCUGUUCCGUCUGUUGCUACGGGAACGAGAUGUCCUUAGCUACGGAGGAGAUAAUCGGCAGUCCGGUCCACGACAAUUUCUACACUUUGCGUUCGAACUGCAGUUCGAUUGCCGACGAGGACUCGACGGAAUGCGACAUAUGCAGCUCUUGGAACUUGCAAGAAUCGACAGCCGGGAUAGAUCCGAACUUGGUCUGUUCGUCGGCGGAUUGCGAUCAGAUGUACGAGGUCUGCGAGAUCUGCAGCAAGAUGUGCUCCACGUAUCCCGAUCAAGAGUCGUUCUCCAGAGAACCCGUGGACAUGAGCCAUGUACUCGACCUUUCCUCGAUGUGUCUUCCCAAGGAUAGCUCCAGGUUCGGUGACAGCGCGAUAACCGAUCCGUCUUUGGACGAAGACAGCUUCGAAAUUGAGAACUGCGGUUUUCAGUGUCUCUCUGAAUCGAUGGACGACCGAAAGCUGAGCGAGCCUGACAGAGAGGAGCAAAUAUCGAAGUCUUUCACUAUCUCCGAUUCGAAAAUUUCCAAGAAAACGUGGGAUAAUAGUAAAUAUUUUAUUCCUAAGGACGAAGUGGCCAUCCUGGCCAGUGGCACAAGACGCAUGAAUCGGAAGGGAUCUUUGUUAAAAAAGAAACCGAUCGAAGAUCCUGUGAACGUUUCUCAGGAUAAACGACGCUACUCCUCCGUGGAUAAUCUCCAAUUAGCGAAACCGUCUUCCAAGAGUAACGAGAAAGUUCUCAGGCCGAAAAACAACAAGUUGAUUGGGUCCGCGGAUAACAUACGGGUUUCCAGGAGUUCUAGGAGAUGCAAAUCGUUGCAGAGGUCGGCGGACAACGUUCGAUACAUGGACUCCGCGGAUAAUUUGGAUUCGCUGACGGAGAGUUUAGGUAGGGAGGACGAGAUACAGGAGGGCGUGAAUUGGAUCGAAAACCCGAAGGUCAGGGACAACGAGACGGUGAAGAUGAUCUUGACCAAGCAUGGAAUCAAGAUAAUCAGCGAGAAAGAAACCGCACUGUAAUGAAGGAAUUAAACUCAACGAAAAAAAUCGCUCACAUUAGUUACAAACAAAAAGAGUUACAAGAUAUUAUAUAUAUAUAAUUAUAUAUAUAUAUAUUAUACGGUAUACAUAUAUUAUUAUAUACACGACACAGAAUUAGUUUGAACUCUUGUUAGACCAGCUGCAAACCCUAGGACGCGAACUUAUCAACCGUUGUGAUAAUCCUGAUCGAUAUAUCGUCUUCAAGGAACACGAGAUUUUUCAUAUUACGAUAGUGACAUAGUUAAACGAAUAUACGUAUCUCACUAGUCUCUAUAGAACACUGGACAGUGAAUUGGUAUGGUUGGCUACCUAGUCUGUGGUACUCAAUUUCACAUCCGCUAACCAGUGUUCCAUAGAGAUCAGUGACGUAUAUGUAUCUAUACAUAUACAUAUAUACAAAGAAUAUAUAAUAUAUUUAUUGCUCGGGAAACAGGUUCUUUCCCGAGGGAGGAGGGAGUGCCAGAAUGUUAUAAUUUGAUCCUAAUCACAGAUUCUAUUUAAUUAAUAAUGAUGGUGUUCGCGCGACAACACUCUUGAAGAGUUUGAAACGAGAAGAGACAUUGUGAGAUCUGAGAGAGCGUGAAAUUGUUGAAUCGCACGUUGAUCGUCGUGAAUAGAAGAGCUGUUGGAGAAAUUCCUCUAAAAGAAACGGCCAGCGAAAGAAGAAACGAUAUACAUAUAUGUUAAUAUUCUGUUAACGAACUGAUUUAAGAAUCGCUGAAUUAUGAUAUUAAGCGAAUUAAAUAAAUCACGAGGUGUUUCGUUGUUGCGUGCGUUGGAGAGAAACAUUUGACGGAGGUGAAGUAAAACUGAAGCGAUCGAGAAAUCGUCGCAAGGAGAUGAUAGAAAAAGGAAUUGAUUCUGGACUGCGCACGAGCACCGAGGACAGCAAGUUAUCGAGACAAUCCUAAAAUUAACUCGUCAAUAUUGAACGAAAGAAAAGCGAUUUCAAAUUUAUUAUAAAUAUUCUACAAACUACGUAAAUAAGUAAUACGCUACGAUGGGUUGCGGUACAUCGAUCGCGAAGAACGUGAUUGAUUCUUUUAUUAAAGUCGCUACCAAUGGAACUUGCUGAUCUCAUCGGUUUACAUUUCGCCGUAUGAAGAAGGACUUAUGAAAAACGAAGAUAAUAAUAAUAAUAAUCACGCGAUUCCGUUUCGAAAUCGGAGCCAAGCCGUGUCAAUCCAAGAUGAUGAAUUACGUCUGUUCGGCGAAUCUGACGUUUCAUUAAUUAAUUGAUUAAUUAAUUGACUGCGGUUUACACGCCUGUAUACAGACGAACACACAGACACACACACACACCUCUGCCAAGACACACAUUUUUAUUAUGAACGUGCCAAUUGUUUUUUGAUACCUUUGUAGACAUCGUGUUUUUUAAUCUCUCGAACGGCAUAUUUCGGUAUGAUGAUUUUUAAGUCGAGAAUACUUUUCUGACUAAAAGUCCGAGGAGAGAUUGAGGGAAGGGGAGAGACGACGAUAAGAAAACGUUCUUUGAUUCCGUCACAUCGUCCCACAUCGGAACGUUUUUACGAGGGAGGAACAAUAGUGUUCCUUUCCUUCGAGAAAUUCCUAUAAUAAAACAUCUGACAAGCGCAGUUUCCUAUUUAGUCUUUCUUCUUCUCUUUCUAUCUCUCUCUCUCUAUUUCUCUUUGCCUCUCCUUCCUUUUUCAUAUUUUCUUUGUAUCUUGUUUGCACGGUGACAUGCGCCUAUCUUUGUCGUAAGACUCGCUUUGAGAAAUCCAACGAUCGUCUUUGCUAUCUUUUUACGAAUAUUUUCUGACCGCGUCGACGAACUCCACUGCAUCUAACUGUGAUCAUACCGCUUGUUGAAUGAUAGAGAAUAUAGAUAGAAGAUUCUAUUUAAAGUAAUACCUUGAUAUUUCGUUUCCUUCCACUUAGAAAACUAUAAAGCCUGAAAGUGUCCUAACAAGGAUUCGCAGGGCUUAAUCGCAACGUUUAGGUGCAAUGGAAAUGAAUAUUUCGUUUUGGUAUAACCGCUGAGCUUUUUAAGCGUACCUGUAUUUUUAAUAGUGCCUAAUUUCCAUUUUGCCAGUAAUUUUCGGCGAGCCACUAUCUUUGCGAAUGAAACGACUUUUUUUCAUCUGUUUCCCCUCACAAGUAGAUAAAGUUUGAAAACGGUUCAUGAAAUCGAAGGAGUCUAAUCUUAACGUUUGUGAGAGAGCACAGAUUUUUUUAUUAAGAAUAAAACUCGAGGUCGAUCGUGUUUUCAAACUUUCAUCGUUAGUUAAGUGACCUUUUUUUUCGAACACUACCACCCCUCUUUUGAUCACGACCCUUUUUGUUAGUAUUAAUACGCAAGCCUAAUUUUUGUAAUACCCCUGUCCGUACCGAGCAAACUACGUUCCGCUCUUCUUGUUAUUUGUAUUGUAACGUAGAUAGACGAGGGUGGCGAAAAAAUGCUCAAGCUGACGGUAUUCACUGUUUAACCCUUUGGGGACGCAACUCAUUAAUCGUAUAUAAUAUAAAAAUGAAUGAGAUCGCAAUUAUUUAUUCAUAUAUUUUUAGAAAAGAUACGUCUCUCUAUUUAUUUUUAUCGGGAUGCGAAGAAUCGUAAAUGAUUAUAUCAGAGUGUUACCUGGAAUGAUACCGGCCUUCGACCGCAAAGGGUUAAUUCACUAGAGAAGUGCUUCCUGAGUACGAUUAGAAAAAAAGGAAACGGCUUUAGGCCGGCCUUGUAUCUUUUUGGACCGACUCCGCUUCUUUUUUCUAUAUUCCUGUAUCGUUCGUUUCUUUGUUGUCUGUACUUUUCGAUUAUUUCGUGAGACAUGUGAAAUGUGUUUGACCAUCACGACUUCUAUCAUGCAAUCGCUCUGUCCAAUAAUAAUCUUCAGAUCUUCCUGUCUUUAACUGAUCUUAUUUCUUGGUUCAGUGUUCGUGCCAAAAAGCGUUUUGAAAAAUUGUAGAAAGAGAAACGAGGAACUCACGCUGCAUUCGAUUAGUAGUGUAGCCGAAUGUUUCGCACAGUUACGAAUUGAGAAAACAAGUAGAGUUUAAGUCAGAUUACAAGUUGAUAUUAGUAUUAAUGUAGUUUAUGCAGUAGAAAAGUGUUUGUGAUAUUAGUGUAAUUACCAUGUACCAAUGCCAAAGAUUCAUGUCUAAGAUCCAGGGAUGAUCUAAGAAGGAUUUGAUUAAUGCAAAUUAAAAUAGAGAAUCCUGUCUGCCUUCCAUAUGCCACACAAUUUUACUUCACUUCGAGUCUUCAGAAAAUCUUGAGUCUUCCAGCUUUCGUUUCGAAUCUAAAAUCACAUCUCCGAAUCGAUCUUAAGUGUCCCAGAGAAACUUCUCAGAUCCCCUGUUCAAAUCGUGAGUCGAGUUCGAUCGACUCUGACAGAUUCGUAUGUGAACGUGUUCAAAGGCAAUCAAGUUCCAGCCUCUUUCUCAAUUUUUUUCUCACGUUCGAAGCAGACGUCGUACGUUUAAGGGAAGAAAGAGAAACGAGACGAGAGACAAGCGAUAAAAUGAAAUUCCGAUGGCGUGAUAGAAGUCGAUGCGUGGUUCGGUUCUGAUGG